CAAGUGUGUAAUCGAAGAAAUAAAGUUCGAUGUAAAAGUUCAACGAAAAAGGUUUUCGGUUUCGCUAAGUGUCUCAGUAGUAAUAGUAGUACAGCGUUGGUUUUGUUCGGGUUACAUUUUCACGUGUUCUUGUCGCCGCGGUGCCAUUUGGCUUUCAGUGAAAGCUUAUUCAGCGAAACCAGUGAGCAGCAGCAGCAGCAAUAUUUUCCGCCUUCGCGCGUGUGCAUUUCUCGCGCUGUUCAGGGAAUUGACGUCAGAAAGUGAUUGAAUAGUGCCUUAUGUGAAGACAAAUCAAGCUGAAAAAUAAGCAAGGAUAGUGACUGACAAAAAGGAAGAGGGUAAAAACAAGUGGUCAUCGUCUCUAGAGGUUAACGUGGCAAUAUACCACCGGAGCAACUCACGCCAGCGAUAUAUAUGCAGCCCACCAGUCGAAGGAUGUUCCUGCUGAGGUUUCUGUCUCGACCCGCACCCGCAUCUAGGGCAACCCUCGGUCUCUUUGGCACCGCUAUGGUGGCAAUGAAUCUGCUCACCACAUCCAGCAUGGUUCUGGCAUGUCCAUCAUCGCAACAGCCCGCUCCAUCCCCAGCAGGAAAGGGGGCCCCCGGGUCGGUGUACGACUUCAGCGCCGUCGACAUCGAUGGCAAUAUGGUAGCCCUUGAGCGCUAUCGGGGUCAUGUGCUCAUCAUCGUGAAUGUUGCCUCCAAAUGUGGUUACACCGAUGGACAUUAUGCCGAACUGAACCAGUUGUACGAGGAGUACAAAGAUACACAAGGUCUACGCAUACUCGCUUUCCCAUCCGAUCAGUUCCAUCAAGAGCCGGACAGCAAUGAGCAGAUAAAACGGUUCGCUCGCGAGCAAAAGGGUGCAAAAUUCGAUCUGUUUUCAAAGAUCUACGUGAAUGGGGAUGAGACCCACCCGCUGUGGAAGUAUCUGAAGCAAAGACAAGGCGGCACCCUGUUCGAUGCGAUCAAGUGGAACUUCACCAAGUUUAUCGUCGACAAAAAUGGGCAACCUGUGGAACGCCACGGACCCCAAACUAGCCCGCUGCAGUUGCGCGAGAAUUUGGAGAAAUACUUUGCCAAGUGAGUCUGGAGACUAUGAGUACGAAGGAUGAUUUAUAGGAUGGUUUCUUUCUGCAAGCAUUUUCAUAAUGGACGUAUCAAAUAUUAAUCCUUAUAAUCCGAAUAAAUAGUUAUUCUGAAAAA